GUGUUUGUGUAGGUGCUGAGGCGGCGGGCGACUGCCCUGGUGGCGCCAAGGCCGAGCCCUAGGUGGAGGUAAAGCCCUGUGGGCACUGCCUCCCCGUUGUGGCUCGGCGUUGGCGGCCCCUGUGGCGGUCCGGGACAUCUCCGGGGAUAGGCGCAGAGCUCCGUGAAGAUGCGGCUCUUCUACAGGCUACUCAAGCAGCCUGUGCCCAAGCAGAUCGAGCGCUACUCCCGCUUCUCUCCGUCGCCUCUCUCCAUCAAACAGUUCCUGGACUUUGGAAGAGAUAAUGCAUGUGAAAAAACUUCAUAUAUGUUUCUGCGCAAAGAGCUUCCUGUGCGACUGGCUAACACAAUGAGAGAAGUUAAUCUUCUGCCAGAUAACUUGUUGAGUCGCCCUUCUGUGGGAUUAGUUCAGAGUUGGUACAUGCAGAGCUUCCUUGAACUUUUAGAAUAUGAAAACAAGAGCCCAGAAGACCCACAGGUUUUAGAUACCUUUCUCCACGUUUUGGUUAAUAUCAGAAACAGACACAAUGAUGUUGUUCCUACAAUGGCCCAAGGUGUGAUUGAGUACAAGGAAAAGUUCGGAUUUGAUCCAUUCAUUAGCAGUAACAUCCAGUAUUUCCUGGAUCGUUUUUAUACCAACCGUAUUUCUUUCCGGAUGCUUAUUAACCAGCACACACUUCUGUUUGGUGGUGACACUAAUCCUGCUCAUCCUAAACACAUAGGAAGUAUUGAUCCCACCUGUAAUGUAGCUGAUGUGGUGAAAGAUGCAUAUGAAACAGCCAAGAUGCUCUGUGAACAGUAUUACCUGGUAGCUCCAAAUCUGGAAGUGGAAGAAUUCAAUGCCAAAGCACCAAACAAACCUAUUCAGGUAGUUUAUGUGCCGUCACAUCUGUUUCACAUGCUAUUUGAGUUGUUCAAGAACUCAAUGAGAGCUACAGUUGAACUACAUGAAGAUAGAAAAGGGGGCUACCCGGCUGUUAAAACUCUCGUUACUCUGGGUAAAGAAGACUUGUCCAUUAAGAUAAGUGACCUAGGUGGUGGAGUCCCACUUCGAAAAAUAGACCGUCUUUUUAACUACAUGUACUCAACUGCUCCCCGGCCCAGCCUGGAGCCUACAAGAGCUGCUCCCUUGGCUGGAUUUGGUUAUGGCUUGCCAAUUUCUCGACUGUAUGCCAGGUACUUUCAGGGAGAUCUAAAACUGUAUUCCAUGGAAGGAGUGGGUACCGACGCUGUCAUUUAUCUGAAGGCCCUUUCAAGUGAGUCCUUUGAGAGGCUGCCAGUCUUCAAUAAGUCUGCAUGGCGCCAUUAUAAGACCACUCCUGAGGCUGAUGACUGGAGUAAUCCCAGCAGUGAACCAAGGGAUGCAUCAAAAUACAAGGCUAAACAUACCCUGGAAGACUCCUUUAUAGCCAGAUUGUUCUCCUCUCUCUACUAUAGAUGUUUUCUGACCAUCACCAGAGGGACAAGAUGAAGACUAAUAGAACAUUUUAGGAAAGGAGUGCUGUGAUCGUCUCUGAAGAAAGAUUAUCUUCUGCAAGUCAACCAGAGACCUUUAUUUCCACCUACUCUUAUCCGUGACACUAUUGUUAUUCGCAGUGCUUGAAUAUGUUGCUUCCUUUAAUUGACUCACUGUUUCAAUGGAACCCUUCCUGUAGUUACUCCAGUCAUACCUUUCACUAAAGUUGUAACCUGAGCAAUUUGUCAUGGUGUCUUGCUGUGGCAUCAUUAGCACCCGUCGCAAAAGAGCACAGAACCUCCUUAGCACUCUUGAAUCCUAUACUCUACCUUGUUAGGGAGUUUGGUGUCUGAAGUCUGCCCAGGGUUCUGAGCUCUUCUCAUUCCAGAUACAGCAGCAGAUCUUACUGCUGCUCUUUGUGACCAAAGCUCUAGCUAGGGCCUGGGGAGUCUGGAAGUGGAAGGCAUCAGUGGAACACAUCCUGAAUAUUCAUUCCCCGGUUCUUCCUGUCCCUGUCCCCUUCAUUCUCUGACUUAGACUGUUGCGCCUUCCAGCUGACUGUAUUGUCAUGGUGAGGUGUGGUACUUUGAUGUUAGAACCUAUUCAUCUGUAAUAAUUGGGCUUUAAGGUUCAUUUGCAUACUUCUGUUCCAUUGAUAAAAGCGCUCUAAAAGUUGUCUUAGAAUUUCUUACUUAACACCUUGGUUUGAAUUUUUUUUAAGUGAAAAACUACUUUCUAGUCAAUAUUAGACUUGUAAAGAAAGAGUGGGAAGUACAGGUGUGUGUUUCCGUGAAAGCUUCACUAACCUCAUACUGUCUCUUUGCCAUAUGAAAUUCCUCUUGUAGUCAUCUUAGGACCUGGAAUUCUGUUCAUAUAUGAUGUACUUGACUCACUAUAACACAGAUUGUCACAUUAUUUUUUUAAAAUGUUAUAGAUUUUGAUAACUUUCAUUGUCAUUGCUUUUGCCAGUUUUAAAACUGUCCACUCAAUCUGAUU